CCCCCGGCCCCUCCUCCGUCUGGGACUACCAGGACGACCACAGCCCACUAUGGACUAUCUCGCUGCAAAGAUGGACACCAUGGAAGACGUAAUGGCGCACUGGCCUGCGGUAGCUGCUAGCAUCUCGGCCGUUGCCGUCGCCCUCGUGCUGCAGUGGCUGUUCCGGCCCGACCCUCUGGCUACAGUGCCUGUUGUCGGAGAAGGGAACAAGGCCAGUCGGAGAAAACAGUUCGUUUCGGGCCAGGCAAACGCUCUCUAUUCUGAAGGUUACAAAAAGUUCCGAGAUGGCCUCUUCCGAAUCGCAACACCAAGGAGUACCGAGAGUAUUGUCAUCUCAACCAAGUUUGUCAACGAGCUGAGGAACCUGCCCGACGAUGUUCUCAGCUUUGAUAAAGCGGUUUCUGAGACUAUGCAAGCAAAAUACACCAGGCUGCAGACCGAGGUGCCAGCGUUGGCUCACACCGUCAAGGCCUCGCUCACCCCUGCUUUGCCACGCCUAAACGCCUCUGUAGCCGACGAAGUAGUCGAAGCCAUGCGCCAGGAACUGCCCCAGACCUCCGACUGGACUGAAGUCAACAUCAACUACAAACUCCUCCGCAUCGUAGCCAUGGCGUCCGGUCGCGUCUUCAUCGGUUCCGAGCUCUGCCGGGACGAGAGGUACCUCGACGCCGCCAUCAACUACACCGUCGACCUGGUUGCGGCCGUGGAAGUCGUGUCCCGGAUGCCCGUGUGGUCUCGCCCGUUUCUCGCCCCGAGGUGCGAGCCGGUCAAGAAGGUGCAUGCCCGCAUGCAGCAGGCCGAUGAGUUCCUGCGGCCCAUCGUCGCCGCGCGCAGGAAUGCCGAGGCCCAGGCUUCGCCGGACUAUGUGAAGCCGGACGACAUGCUGCAGUGGAUCAUGGACUCGCAGAAGAAGUUUGGCGAGAAGAAUGACGAGGACCUCGCGAAUUAUCAGUUGGGUGUGAGCUUUGCUGCUAUUCAUACGACCACCAUGACCACCACCAAUGCAAUCUAUACUCUCGCUGCCAUGCCCGAGCUCACUCCGAUGCUUCGCGAGGAUGUCCAGCAGGCACUAUCUGCGAGCGGAGGCCAGUUCACGAGUCUGGCCAUGCAGAAAAUGAGGAAACUGGAUAGCUUCCUCCGAGAAAUUCUACGUUACUAUCCCAUAGCAGCCACCUCCUUCAACCGCAAAGUCCUCAAACCCUUCACUCUGUCCAACGGCCAGGUCAUCCCGGCGGGCGUCGUCAUCGAAUUACCGGCCGGCGACGUCGCCUUCGACGAGGACCUAUUCCCGGCACCCCACGUCUUCGACGCGCUGCGGUUCUACAAGAUGCGACAGGCCAAGGACCAGGCCGGGUCCGGCGUCAAGGCGGCCGAGGCGGUGGCCAACGCGCAGUUUGUAAGCGUCGGGGCGUCGAGCCUGACGUUCGGAUAUGGACGGCAUGCCUGCCCCGGACGGUUCUUCGCUGCGAACGAAAUCAAAAUGAUCAUGGCAACCUUUCUUCUUGAUUACGAGGUCCGGUUGCCCGAGGGUGUGACGGAGAGAUAUAAGAAUCUCGAGUUUUCUGGGCAGUCGGUCCCUGAUCCCACCAAGACUAUUUUAAUCAGGAAACUAUGAAACCCGGUGGGUUGAAGAGUGUAUGUGGGCUGAAGUGGGUUGAGGGCGAGUCUGGAAAGCGGAGAGAACCAGGGUCACAGUCUCGGUCCAUGGUUACGGGUAGUUUGCUUUUAAUGAGAAAGGCGAAAAAUGCAAAAAAAAAAAAAAAAAAAA